AUGUUCUCACAGCACACCGCGAAGAUUACGUUACCGUUUGGACACCAUAUCACAACAACAUCUCAGCCAACCGCGUCUGGCAUGGCGGGGCCAAAUCCGACCAUCUUGCUAGCUCCUUCUCAGGCCGUUGCAGAUGUUCCUGAAAAGGAAAAUGUGCAAUCCCGCCCUUCCGUCAAAGUUGUCAAACCUGCAUCGAAGUCUGGACUGGGUAGUAAAUCGGGAGCCCGACGUGACCAAGGCCAGUCUGACGAUGAAAUUGCAAAGCUACCUCUGGAGAAGAAACGCGUUGCCGAGUUGAAGCUCAAGAGAGAAGCCCCCAAAUUGACCGACCGUCUGACGGAACAGGACCAAAUUUGCAUGGUCUCGUGGCUUGUAGACUCGAAGCGUUGGAAAAUCUUUAAAGAGAACCAAAAGAAAUUCUGGACUGAUUUGUCAAAUUACUGGAAUCACAAUGCAUGGGCCAAAUACAAGGCUGUACGUGAGCUCGAGAAUCACACAGGUGGCGGAGAUGGUGAUAAAGACCAAAACAAGGGCCCGUCGGAGGAUCCCAGUGUCACUUGCUCCCGUAAAUUUGACUCGGUUUCACCUCUCUCCGAUGAGGAAGACACUCCUACCGAGUCUAGUGACUCGUCCAAUGCCAAACAAACCAAAGACUUGACCAACGCCAAACACGCCAAAACUAAACAACAAAUUGGACUCCGUAAAUCAGAAUCAUCCGAUAGCAUCGAGUCCGAUCCUGAAGCCGCAAGCCGCAAGCUCAUUUUCUCCGCUAUUGAGAGCAUGAAACAGAAGACUAGAGAACAAAUGGCGAUUGACAAGGCAACACUUGAGCUUGCUCAGAAACGCGAGGCGCGAGAUGAAGAAGAACAUCAACUUGCUCGGAAACAUGAAGUGCGCGAGGAAGAGGAAUAUCAGGAACGCAAGAAACGGGCAAAGAAGGAAGGUGAUUGGAUUUGGUUUGAAAAGAUUAAAGUUAUGUGCAAGAGCUCCAGUGCAGUAAUACGUGCAAUGGUGGAGAAGUUAUUGGCGGAAAAUAUGCUUAAUGGUGAUGAUCUUUAA